AUGAUCGUGUUGUAUUACUUCCUGCUCGAUCAGAUUAUUGUCGUGCGCAUUUUUGGCCAUGUCUAUCCGCUCGACGAAAUUGCACGGCUGUCGAGUCAACCGUGCUUUGGUUCUCUUCCAUUUGGAGGACUUAUACCUCUUUCUAUUUCUCUGUUAUGGACGAAAGAGAUUGAGUUUCUGACGAAAACUUCUGCCAGGUGGGAGCUUCCCCCAGCGAGUCCGGACACUCUUGCCGAACGAAAGCCAUCCCUCAGUGUCGAAGUAUGGAGGAAUUUGCCGAUCGAACUGGUUACAGAAAUCCUCAUCUACAUGGCUGUUGCCGAUCGCACAGAUGCUAAAAACCUCUGUCUAGUAUCAAGUUCUAUCCGACGGCUGAUCUCCUCAUGUCUUUAUCACAAUGUUCUUCUGCGAAAUGCGGAGCAAGUGACCUCUUUUGCCUCACCAUUUCUUCCCAAACGCUCUUUAUUUCUGUCGUCUUCGUCUCAACGCAAACCAGUUUCCCCUUUCCCAAUCUACUCCUUGGCGCUUGCUGUCCCUGCACGAAGGCCUUCCAUUGAAGAGAUGCUCGGCUCUAUUGGGAAUGCUUUCAAAAACAUCUCGAACCUCAGUAUUACUGCCCCACUUCUGGGUGCGCACGCGUUCUGGCUGCGGAAACAUCACGUUCGGCCGACCACUGCCAUGAUUUUCCAUCUCGGCCUUCCUAACCCUGUCAAUUUCCGCGAAUCUUAUUUCAGUCAUGUCACGCACCUCUAUACCUCUACACUCACCGGAUUCCAUUCAUCCUCUCUUCGAGAUCUGCCUGCACUCACACACGUUGCGCUCACCGUACGGGCAUCGCAACCCGAGAGAGUAAUGCAUAACAUCACCGCUCAGAUACGGGAGCUUUUACAUGAUUGCGGGAACCUGCAGAUGAUCGUCCUGAGCCUUGGUACCCCAGCCUUCCGUGGCCAUGAAGGCUACUGCUACUAUUUGACAUGCUGGGAUAGGAUCCUCAGCUUUUGCGCAUCACACCCUAGAUUUUUUCUUCUCCCCUAUGUCCGACCAGCGCGGCUAGAAUGGGACGACAUCACUUCUCGUCAACCAGACGUUUUUUCGCGUGCGAAGGAAUGGCGCGAGAUAGAGGCAGAGGCAGAGGAAGGAUCAAGGAGAGAAAAGAAGGAGGCAAUAUGGAAGCAAGUGUGGACGGAGGAAGAAGAGUUCAAGAGGUGGAAAGAUGGACGAGAGUGGGAUCUGGAUCUAAGGGAGGCGCCGGGUUAUCUCGAGAAGAAGUCUAGUUUGGACUGGGGAGAGACAGAUACCCCGACAAGUUGGUGA